CAACAUAGAUACUGCGGCUAUGGAAACCGACCACCUGCGCUUGCGCCAAACGACAUUUAAUUAGCAACUUAGAUGGAUGUGAUUACUUUUCGUACUGUUAACGAGUCGGCUGUUACUCGUCCGUUUUCCUCUCCGCCGGCUCUGACUGGAUGAUCACCGCCCCCCCCCCCUCUCUCUCUGCCCACUGGUUCAGGUGACCGCCUCAAUAAUAAACCGCCCCCUCCCCUCGGAGAUGCUGCUGUCUGUGGAUGACAGCAAGACCCGCAGGACCGAAACAAACGCUUGCGCCGCUCGUUUAGAAAGUAGAGAAGCUAGAAAGCGAGCUAAUAUCUGACGAAGAAAGCUGCUUAUUCCUGACCGCGUCUGUUUCUUCAGGGUCAUUUUUUUUUCUUUUUUUUUUUUUUUUUUAAAGCCACGAAGCUCAGCUUAGAAGAGCAAGAGGACGACGGAACCCCCCCCCCCCCACCCCCAAGCUAGUCUGAAAGUCAAGCCGGCGUUUCUCUCCACGGUCGCAGCGGCAACUCGGAUUGCAAUGACAGACUCGGUCGUGGACAGCAAAGCGGAGGUCAAGCAGGCCACCAAAUAUGUCAAGGAGACCGAGAACGUGGCGGAGAAAUACUCGGCGCUGACCGUGAGCAAGAACAGCAGCGAUGUGAACAUGAACGUCGGGGAGAUGCCCUCCGCAGCGUUCACCGCAGUCCCCACGCUCAAAUCCGUCAAGAAGAUCCAGUUUGCGAAUACAGAGGACAAACAGGAAUUCAGUAAGUACCCAACCAAGGCAGGACGCCGCUCCCUCUCACGGUCCAUCUCGCAGUCCUCCACAGACAGCUACAGCUCAGCUGCAUCCUACACCGACAGCUCCGAUGAUGAAACUUCCCCCCGGGACAAAGCCCAGGUCAACACCCACGGCAGCAGCGACUUCUGUGUGAAGAACAUCAAACAGGCUGAAUUUGGCCGCAGAGAAAUAGAAAUUGCGGAGCAAGACAUGUCUGCCCUGAUCUCCUUGAGGAAGAGAGCCCAGGGAGAGAAGCCACUGGCUGGGGCAAAGAUAGUGGGCUGCACCCAUAUCACGGCUCAGACAGCAGUCCUGAUUGAAACCCUGGUAGCUCUGGGCGCUCAGUGCCGUUGGACUGCUUGUAACAUUUACUCUACUCAGAAUGAGGUGGCUGCUGCUCUUGCUGAGACAGGGGUGCCCGUGUUUGCAUGGAAGGGUGAAUCAGAGGAUGACUUCUGGUGGUGCAUCGAUCACUGUGUCAACACUGAAGGCUGGCAGGCCAAUAUGAUCUUGGACGACGGUGGAGACUUGACCCACUGGGUGUACAAGAAGUAUCCCAGCGUCUUCAAAAAAGUCAGAGGCAUCGUAGAGGAGAGUGUGACCGGGGUUCACAGGUUGUAUCAGUUGUCCAAGGCUGGUAAGCUGUGUGUCCCUGCGAUGAACGUGAACGACUCCGUCACCAAGCAGAAAUUCGACAACCUUUACUGCUGCCGUGAAUCCAUCCUGGACGGCUUGAAGAGGACCACAGAUAUAAUGUUUGGAGGCAAACAAGUUGUUGUGUGUGGAUACGGCGAGGUGGGAAAAGGCUGCUGCACCGCUCUGAAAGCCCUUGGAGCCAUUGUGUGCAUCACAGAGAUUGACCCCAUCUGUGCCCUGCAGGCAUGCAUGGAUGGCUUCCGAGUGGUCAAGCUGAGCGAGGUCAUUCGGCAGAUGGACGUGGUGAUAACGUGCACUGGCAACAAGAAUGUGGUCACCAGAGAACAGCUUGACCGAAUGAAGAAUGGCUGCAUCGUCUGCAACAUGGGACAUUCCAAUACUGAGAUUGAUGUGGCGAGUCUGCGCAGCCCUGAGCUGACCUGGGAGAGGGUUCGCUCUCAGGUUGACCACAUCAUCUGGCCUGAUGGGAAGAGGGUCGUCCUCCUGGCAGAGGGUCGCCUCUUAAAUCUGAGCUGCUCCACAGUGCCUACGUUUGUGCUGUCCAUCACCGCUACGACUCAGGCCCUGGCCCUGAUUGAGCUGUUCAACGCUCCAGAAGGACGUUACAAACAGGAUGUGUAUCUCCUGCCCAAGAAAAUGGACGAGUACGUGGCCAGUCUGCACCUACCAAACUUUGAUGCCCAUCUGACGGAGCUGUCUGAUGAGCAGGCGAAGUACAUGGGCCUCAACAAGAAUGGCCCAUUCAAACCCAAUUACUACAGGUAUUAAUGAGGACGCCUCAACGCACAUCCGCCCUGGGAUUAACAGAGAUAUCUAUUUUAUUUUCUAAAAAUAAAAGGAGGAAUUAUUUUAGUUAUGCUGAAUGUAACUUAUUAAUAGCACUUCAGAACUAGUGUUAAAUAUGAAACUUAAGACUAAGACAAUAUAUAAUGUGUAACCAACUAACAUUUUACACGUCAUGUGUUUAGAGCCUACUUGCAUGCUUUGACGCGUAUGUACGUAAUUUAGUUGCUGCCGAUUAUGUCACUAGAUCAUAGAGUGGUUGAUUUGUUUGUUUACCCUAUUUACGCACAGUGCCAAAAGAUGGCCCAUGAGAAUGAAGAGGAAGACGACGUUUAUUGUUGAAUCGGACAGUGAAGAUUUUAUGAUUACAUUCCACGAGCCAGAGUUUAGGCAGAGCCACAAUAAACUCUGUGUCACAGUGUACAUUAUUCUAGCUUGUUUUAUAAUCUCUUUGAAUGGUAUCUGCAUACAUGCCCUACAAGGUAGCAUCCAGUCGUGCUUUUCACUUGCAGCAAAGAGCAGUAAUGAAAUAUAGCACUUGUUAUGACAACAGUGUGAUCUAAUGUUAUUUAUUUUAGGAAUUUACAAUAGCUUGUAAAUGUCGGAUGACAUUUUAUACUCCUGACUUGCGGAGCUGGCAGUCAACACUCACCCUGAAAUGAUCGUAAAACUCUCUCCCGAACAAGUGCACAGUCGACUAAUUCAUCACCAAGUUUCCAUUUGCUCAUUCAAAUUCCAACUGAGAUCACUCCCAUGUAUUUCUGACUGGAUAAUGCCUUUAAGGCCAUGAUAUGAAUGUGCCUUUUAAAUAAUUUGCAAGGAGUAAAUAUUAGCACUGACCUUAAUUAAAUGAUCAAUUCCUUUUGUCCCCCCGCCCCAAAAACCACAUUUAUUAGAUGUCUUCCUUCCACUGCUUCUGGUAAUUACUCUCUAAUGUAUGAGCUGUAUGUUGAGAAAAUAUAUUAGACUUAAUGUCUGGCAUAUGAUUGUCGCUGUCUUAAUUUGAUCCAGCCGGGUCACCUAAAGUAAUGUGAUCAAGUGUAAACCAUGUAUGUAAAUGAAUGCAUUAAAUCAGCAAUAAAGCCCCUCUUUUUAACGGAGAA